UGUCUUUCUCUCGAAGACUUAAAAUUAUCCCAAGAAUUGAAUCAAUGCAAUAAUUUCGAACGUCUUUGGAAUCCAACCCAAUACUUGUCUUUCUGGUUCAAGUUGGGCUAUCUGUUACGCAACAACCAUGGGCAACAACACCGCAGCUCCGUUCGAGUCGGCACCAUCGUAUGACGACCUCUUCGCCGACCACCCAGUCAAUGGGCAGCCACCUUCAGGCUCAUCAGAAGCAUACACCCGCGUCCCCCAAGAAGACAACCAAGAAGCGCGACACCAUGAUCGACAUUCUCCAAACGAAAUCGAUCUCGAGGCCAGCGCAUCCGCAGACACGCCCCUCAGGACAUUAUCGGGGGGUUCCAAGCCGCACGUCCACUGCGACGCCUGCGACAAGAUCGCCGCGCGGCGGGAAAAUAGGGGCAAGGAAAUGCAUUGCUGCAGCAUGGUGGCCGCGACUUUCAUCGUGGCGUUUGUGUGUCUGACGAUUAUGGGGAGCGUGAUUGCGGGGAAGAAGUAUCAUCAUGAUUGAUCGUCUUGGGGAUGGGCGUGGGAGUUGAGACGCUGAGGGGAUUGGGUCCUUGCUUUUGCGAGGAGGAGAUGGGUAUUAUUUCCAAAUAGCUAAUUAUGUCUCGGUUCUAAGUUCUCCCCUAUUUAUCUCCUGCUCGGUUCGUAACUAGCAUGCGCCCCAAAGGAAAAUCUAGUCUUAUUAUUGUAGGAAAGUCGGAGGCAAGUCCGGACCUGUAGGCAAAGACAAUUGUUAGCUAACGCAUCUCGUGCCCGGGAGUUUAUGCCUCCGCUGGUUUAAAACCGGAGGGAGCGAAUAAUGAUGAACACAUACCCCAGAUGUGCAGGUUGUUCGGGGAGGCCUUAGAUAUGUUCGUAGGGUAGCUCGAAUUCACCAGAUCACCGUC